AUGACUGAACCCGAAAAGAAGAAGAAAAAGCUCUCCAAUACUGUUGAUAAUCUCAGCUCGUCCCUUGGAUCAUCAAGCAGCUUGAAUUAUACAUCAGCGGAAACAAAAAAGUUUAACAAAUUAAACCGAAUGGUCGAAGAAGAAGGAGUAGAGGAUCUCGCUGAUUAUGAAGAGGAAGACGAACGAAGAUCCAAUGAAAGUGAUGAUGAUGAAAUGUGUGUGGUUGCAAAUGAUGUGAUUCACUUUCGUAUCGUCCGAAAUGAAGGCGAAUUGGACUUGAAUCAACAAAUUGAUGUAAACGAUAUCGAGAACACGAAACGGUUUCUUGAUUUUCAACCAACAUUUACGCAUCAGCUGUUCGGAGAGAAUGAAAAGAUUGAGGGAUAUGAGAAUAUUCGGAUCAAUAUUUUCUUUACCAACUCACUUUAUUGUUGGUUGAAUAUUCAAUGCGACAGCAAGAGUGAUGAUGCGACUGAUGUCAAAGGUAUUCUUACUGCUAAGGAUAUAGAAUUUCCAUUUUCCGAUUAUCGUGCACCUCCUCUCUAUUUCCCUUAUACUGAAAAUUUAACAGAAUUCAAGUCAAAACUUUCACAACCUAAUACACCUAAAGGAGAACAAAUAGAUGUCUACUACAGAGAAGGAAGAUGUUUUGAGAUUUAUAAAGCUUCAAUGUCUCAAAUUGGAGUUCUUCACAAACCAUGGCAAUUUCUCUCAUUGUUCUUCAUUGAUGGAACCUCAUUCAUCAAUGAUCAAGAUGAGAAUUGGGAGUUCUUUUUAAGCUAUGAGAAGGUGAAAAAUACAGAAACAAACAACUUUGAAUAUAUUCCUAUUGGAUUCUCCUCUAUAUAUCCUUUCUUUGUGAUGAAGAAAGACGGAAACCAAUUGAUUGAUACAAGAAGACUGCGAGUUAGCCAAUUCCUCAUCCUUCCUCCUUUCCAGGGGCAAGGUCACGGUAGAAAACUCCUGCUUGCCAUUUAUACCUACGCCACUAAGGGAUUUAAGGAACAAAAAGCUGUAGUAGGAUACAAUGCUUUGAGUUUCGAUGAAAAGACUUUUCCUCCAAGAGAAUGUUAUGAAGUAACUGUUGAAAAUCCAGGUGAUGACUUCCAAACAAUGAGAACAAAGGUGGAUUUGGAGGUAUGUGCACCUCUGUUCAAAGCUGCUAAAAGAAAAGCUGAUGAAACGGAAAGAGAAACCUUUGAAGACUUCAAAAAGAGAGCCAAACCAAUAACCAAACUUUCUGAUGGACAACUGAGGCUUUGUUUUGAGAUACUUUGGUUGAAAUCUCUGAAUGAAAAUGUAAAUACAACUAAUGAGGAAAGAAACGAAUUCAAACUAUUUAUUAAGAAGAGAUUAUACCGUGAAUACGAUAUGGAGGGCGCUUUUGAAGAUGAUGAAGAACGCAAAGAAAAACUUGAAGAGCUCUACCAAGAGCAAGUGAAUGAAUAUAAAGUUUUUUUGAAAUAA